CUUGAAAACUCUUAAAUGAAUCAAAGGAAUAACCAGCUAAGCCCUUUCUGGGGUUUUUAAGCCGAAGAAGGUUAACUCGAUAAUCCAGAAGACUUCAAUUUCUGUUCGUUUCCAAAAAUCCUGGAAAAUAAGAACUGUUAAAUCAGAAAUGACCGUGAACCGCCAAGGUUGUAUGGUAUGGGGACCUCCUGUGGCGUAGUCUGCACUUUACACCACACUGUAUUCCAACUAUUCCUCUUUCCUGAUUGUGGAGAAAUCACGUGAUUGUAGAGUUGCCGUGUUGUUGGAAGGUAUUACUGGGAUAAAGGUUUUUCUUUUUUAUGUUUUUGUAUCCUUGUAGAGGGAGACUACAACUGAACCGCUGUCAACUGAUGAUGUGUCACUGAACGACUAGUAGUCAUUUUUUCUUUUCCAGAUGUAUGUUUCGUGACAUCCAUCGUUUUAACCUGACGUCAUGUUGUCAAAGCAAAUGUACUUUGUGGUCAGCGGAGAGAUUUUACUUUAGUAACGUGCAACUGGACUGCAGGGGAGGCAGAAAAUGAAGGACAUUGGGAGAGAACAAUUUAAGUUAUGAAAUAUAUUUUAUUUACUAUAAAUUUCAUACAUCACUGUUAUCUUGCUCUGGGUGCUCUUCCUGCUCCGGUCAACGUGACAGUCGAGUCUGUGAACUUUGAGCACAUCCUGCGAUGGACGCCGGGCCAGGGGACACCCCCUGGGACAGCUUACCGAGUCAAGUACACUUGCCAUGGGAAACAAUUGGGGCUGCAGCCUAGCUUUUUGAAUUCCUCUGUCACCAUGCUAAACCUGACGGGCACCUUCAAGAACCUGAAAUAUCCUUACGGCGUCCACGUGCAGGCCCUGAACGGCGGUGUGGAGUCCAACUGGAGCGGCCAAGUCUUCUGCCCCUACACAGACACUAAGCUGGGCCCUCCUCAGGUGUCUGUGACAGGCCAUGGAGACCGUCUGCUGCUCAACAUUACGCUUCCCAGGGGCAAAGCAAAGAAAUCCAUAGAAAAAAUCUAUCGUGAAUUUCACUUUUCCAUCUUUUGGAAGAAAGCUGGUGAGAGCCGGGUGCAAAAGGACACCACAGCACUGAAAGAGCCUGCCAUCAAACAUCUCCACCAAGGGGUACAGUACUGUGUGCGGGUGCAGCCUGAAAUAAUUGAAAAUCAGAAUUUACUGUCCUCUGACUGGACCUGCCAUUUCACCAGCCCUUUGCCACUGAACCCAGUCCCCACUGUCCUGGCAUGUGUGUCAGUCAUUCUGAUCCUGGGAUCCUGUGCAGUUCUGCUAGGCCUCAUCUACACUGGUUUCCUCUACAACUGGAACCCCAAGCCACCAAAUGCCCUGAUGUCUCUGGUGCAGUCAUACCUCCUAAAUGUGGCCGUCAUUGUGCCAGACCAAGUCUCGGUGAUCUCUGAGCCCAAAGGCAUAGGGGGUGCCACUGGGGGUGGAGCCCAGGACAACAAUGAGGAGGAAGAAGAGGACGGGGGGAAUGGUGGUUACGAGAACCGAGCAGCAGGAUCCUCGGGGGCCACAAGCUCCAGCAGCGGUGGCACAGUCACGACCCUCACCACUGACACCUCUGUCUCCGAGGAUUCUGGGAAUUCCAGGACACUCUGCACUAUGAGAGUGGAAUGCGGGGUCCCCUGUGCCGUGGGGGUGCUGUGUCUGAGCGAGAGAGCAGCAAUAACAGGACCCAGCCUCUCCAAGCAGAAACAGAAGGAGGAGGAGGAGGAGAAGGGGGGUGAUGCAGAGGGAGAAGAGGGGCACUGUGCAGACAUUAACCUGUUCUCCGUGGCCCUGGGAGAGCAGGAACAGGAGGAAGAGGAAGUAGGGGAUGAGGAGGGGUGGGCAGCAGAGCUGCAGCCAAUGGACAGCGAAGGUGAGCACCAGCCCCUGAUCUCCGUGGAAACGGAUGCAGGGAGUAGGCUCAUUGAGCUUGGCAGCUCACAGACAGACGACACAGUACUGUCAUACUUGCCCCGCUCAUCUAACCAAUCAGAACAAGGGAAAACUCACUCUUCCUAUUUACAGAUGCACUUUGAAGGCUCCAUACAGAUAGAUACUCAGAGUGCACUGAAGGAGAGGCAAGAGGAGGAAGAUGAGGAUGAGGAAGGGGGCGAUGAGGAGUAUUCAGGCUACAUGAGACGUUAGCCAUUGCACAACUCCACAUCUUCACAUUGUCUCUCUCUAUGGGCCCACAUGCUUCAGUUUCCCCGUGUGUGUCUAUGUACAGAUGCUGAUGAACAGACCAGUGCAGAGGAUAAGCAGAGGGGAAAAGGGUGUGUCAUUAUUUGUGUGUGUGUGCGCACUCGCAGGCAUGAGUGUGUGUGUGUGUGUGUGUACAUUGCACAUUGCUGUAGAAGAAUGAAGAAAGAGCACCAGGAAGCAGAUCUACAGUGACAGGCUGAAACCUCUUAUCCACAAUUAUAUUAAAUCCUGUCAGCAACCAUGCACUUUAAACCCGUGCAAUAAUCUGGCUUCAGUUUUUCAUUUGCUCUGCUUUAUUUAAACAACGCUGUGGUAAUGAGACAAGAUACAAAUAUUCUACUGUUCUGUCACGGCUCUGGCUCCAGACCGCUGAUUCCGUUUUGCAUUCACUCUGUGUUUUGUGUCUCCUGUCUGCAUUGUACUGUUCAUUUGGUUAUUGGUUUCCCGCAUUCCGCACUUGUCUGCUUGUUUCCUGUGAUUGUGUUCCCCUGUUCCACUGUAUUUUAGUUCCUGGUUUUCCUCAGUUCAUUGCUUGGUCUUUGUGUUUCAUGCAUGUUGUUCCUAGCUGCUAUUCUUUAAUGUCUAGUCUAUACUUUUAUAUGUUUUGUACUGCAGAAUUGAAGUCUCAGUAAAGGCUUAUUUUUUAUCUA